AUGUCUCCAGCCUCCACGAACAUCUUCACCUUGACCCACAACUCGAAGCUCCCAGACCUUCUGGAGACCAACGAGAAGUGGAAUGCCAAGACCACGGAAGAGCAUCCUACUUUGUUCCGCGAUUUCAACGCCAACGGCCAGGCGCCGCACACGCUGUUCAUCGGGUGUUCCGACUCGCGCUACAACGAAAACUGUCUGGGAGUCAUUCCCGGCGAGAUCUUCACGUGGAAAACGAUCGCCAACAUCGUGAGCGAAAAGGAUCUGACCUGUCGUGCCACGCUGGAGUUUGCCAUCAACGUUUUGAAAGUCAACAAGGUGGUGUUGUGCGGCCACACCGAUUGCGGCGGAAUCAACACCUGUUUGACGCACAAAAGAUCUGCCCUUAACAACGGCGAGUGCAACCACCUAUAUCAGUACUUGCAAGACCUGGACGACUUGUAUCACGAAAACAAGAGCGAAGUGAUGGCGGCCACCAAGGACACCAAACUGCAGAGCCGCAUGCUUUCGAGACUCAACGUACAAAAACAAGUGACCAAGCUUUUGGCCAUCGACACCGUCAAGAAUGCUCUCUCCCGCGGCGAAAUCGAAGUGUACGGUUUGCUAUACGAUGUGGGAACCGGUCUAGUAGAGCAAAUCUCAGAGACUACGGCCUAA